AUGAAUAUGACAAUGGGAAUGGGACACGAUAAUCCUACAAAUGGUACCGAGUCCGUCCAGAGUCAUGGAAUGGCAAUGCCCGCCAUUUUCACGACCGGGAUGCACGUUACGCUUUUUUUCAAGGAUUGGACGACCGCUUCCUAUUCAUCAUAUGUCCUCACAUUGUUCUUCCUCUUCUUAUUGGCCUGGUUUAACCGCUUCCUUGGGAUCUUGAAGCUCCAACUAGAAUCCAGGGCCCAUUCCGUACAUCAUAUUCCCAGUGCGCCUGUAUUAGCAUCUGCAGCCGCGCGACGUCCGCGAAAUAUCAAGGAGCACAUGAGCCCUUUGCCGCUAUACAUGGAGAUUGACAAGAACGAUGAUGAGAAUAGUUCGCAAUUCCCGUCAACUCCUUUUUUACGGCCCCAGGGGCAGAGGGAGCAUGGUAGAAGAUUGGACUCAAACGGAGCCGAUCAAUCGCAGUCGUUUAUCACAAGAUCUUUUCGCAGACUGUGCAGUGCAUGGACUUUGACUCGACCAUGGAGCUGGAAACAUGAUGGCAUAUGUUCAUUUCUCGAAGGGGUACGGGCUUCGAUUGGGUAUCUACUAAUGUUAGCCGUCAUGACGUUUAAUAUCGGCGUGUUUUCCGCAGUCAUUAGCGGAAUAAUCGUGAGCGAGCUUGUACUGGGUCGAUAUGCGGGCCAUUCACCUGGUUGGCAAGAUGGGGCUUGUCACGAUGGCUAGAGCUGUUGGACUUCAUAGUUUAGGUCUGUCCCUGGGAUAAAAGGGUGUCAGACGGUUGCACAUCCUGAUCUUCUCCGCUCAUAUUUCUUGGUUGUAUUCAUAUACAAGAUUGAAUACAUGUCGGCCUC